AUGGUACUCGAUUACCUAAGAGGUUAUCCAAAAUCCGAACGGCUCUUAGAACGUUCGAAGAUAUUCAACCUGCCUCCUAUCCUAAAGGAGAGAGAAUUUGGCUGGGACUGUCAGCCUCCACCUUCCUGGCAGGCGAUUUCCCAGGGGCAAGAGCCUGAUGAAAAUCCUCGUGAACAAAUUACGGCCUCCGAUAUAGUAUCAAACGUCGUCACCGAGCCGUCGGCAGAGCAGCUGAUUAACGAAAUGGAAUGCCAACUUGUUGAUCCUAGUGAGCAACUAGAAGAAGAACCGCGCGAAAAUCUAGGAGAAGAACAAGAAGAGGCAUCGAGUGAGCAACACUCUCAAGAGCCUAGUCAAGAGCUCAGUCUGAGAAACUGUCAACAGUCUGACGAAAACCUGAGUCUUCGGUCUCGAAGAAUUCGGUGGUUUGGGCCACAAUCUUCGUCUAGUGAAUCCGAACCCAAUGAAUUCUAUUUCUUAUCUGAUGAAGAUAGCGAAGGAGAUGAUGAUGAUGAGAAUGAAGAUAGUGACGACGGCGAAAGCAUUGUCAUUCGCCCCACAAGGUGUACCCUUAGAGAUACCUCAGAUACUGAUAGCGAUGAGUACGAAUUCCCGGAUAGACUGCGAGUAAUAGGCGGCUCUAUCAGUCAAUAUCGGGAGUGUCCUGUUCAAGACUUCGGCCCAGACUCAACCGGAGAAGAAGAAUAUUUGGAUCUCGAAAGAGCGUCGCUUGGCCUACAGUUUUGGAGCAGCAUGGUCUCAAAUCCUGAAGGGGGACCUGGCAAAUAUAUGCAUUUCAAAGCUUAUUCGAGGUAUGGCUUUCUACUAUGGGAAGAAUGGCGGAUGAUUGAAUUUGGUUUGUGGUCGAACAAACCAAUCGAAGAUAUGUCUGUGUAUUAUCAGAAAUGGUUCCGGUUCCUUUGUCCGGAGGACAUGGCUCUUCACAAGAAGUUCCGAUACGCAUGGGAUGAAGAUUGGCUAUAA